AUGUCUAUGUGGAAGGAAUUCCUCACUGCAUUAAAGCAGACGGCCCAUUGUCUCUACCUGCUGAAGUCAGAUUCUCCUUUACCAAGCAGACUGAAUUUCUUUUCACAGCAAGCACAGGACUGGCAGAGCUGAAACUGAAAGGACUGGCUGAUAAUAAAACAAAUUGGAUGAACAUUGAUGAUAUCGACAGAGUUUUUUGCUGCAAAAAGACUGAUAUAUCUGACUAUGUCCAGCAACACUGGAAGGAAGAUGCAUUUUUUGGUUGCCAGUUUCUAAAUGGGAUGAAUCCCAUGCUGAUUCGCCGCUGCACCGUUCUGCCCGACAACCUUCCUGUUACUGACAGCAUGGUUUUCCCUGAYGGUUGUUGCAGCUUGGCAGAAGAAAUUAAGAAAGGCAGCAUAUUCCUUKGYGACUACAAGCGAAUGRAUGGAGUGAAAGMAAACACCAUCAAUGACRAGAAGCAGUACCUGAUGGCUCCACUUGUCUUGCUCCACAAAACUCCACAUGAUAAACUCAUGCCAAUUGCUAUUCAG